CACAACGCACCCGCUCGCCCCACCUACCCCUCGGCCUCUCCCUCCCCAGAUCGACCGACCCCCCCUCGUUCCGUCUCUCCCACCGACACCCAGCCCCACGCGCUCCCUCCUCUCGCCUCCCUCCGAUCCGUGGUGGACUUCCCGGGCUUCGAGGCGCACCUGAUGGACUUCCCGGACGCGGCGGAGAUGCACCCGCACGCGGACGCGGGCGAGCGGCUGCACGACGCGGAGAUCCGGUUCCGCGGCGAGAUGCAGGGCCCUGAGAGCGUCGCCUUCGACCCGUGCGGCCGCGUGCCGUACACGGGCGUUGCCGACGGCAGGGUCCUCGUCUGGGACGGCGUCCGGAAACAAGGGGAGGGCGAUCGGCGUCGGGAUGCUGAGGCGGCGGCUGACCUCCCUUCUUCUCCGAUCCCCGUGCUCCUCCUCCGUUGCUUCGCCCUACCACCAGCAGCAGCACCGCCUCCUCCACCCCACCCACGCCGAGUGACAACUCUGGCUUCAGCAGAGCAGCACAACUGCCUGCAGCUCAAGAUGAAGUAUGUUGAGUUCAUUGUUAGCACUCCUAGAAUUCUUGAUGCUGUGUUGGCGACGAACGAAUAUAAGCAUCUGGAGGCAAGUUGUCCUAUGGGGCAGAAAGGGUUGAAGGGUUUUUGAUCUGAGUCACUCAUGUCUUUUGAAGUCAGCGAGGGAUCCCCUUAUUUCCUCUCUUGCUACUUCUGGUUCAUAUAUUGCAUAAAAUUCGGAGAUUUCACUUGAUACAAGUGGAACAUCUGGAGUUUUGUGCGAAUAUUUCCUAUCAUGUGAAUGAGUGGUAGUUGGAUUAAUUGGCAAACUCAAACUUCUCUCAUCUGAGUUCAGAAACAUUUGUCGCUUCAAGAUUUCCGCCAUGGAUUGCUUGUUUUUGUGCCUUGUUUCUAUUCUUGAUCUGUAUCUUAUAGCUCUUAAAAAUAUGGUUGUUUCUUCUACAGGACCUCUAGGCCUAAGAAAGUUGAAGUGCGAAGUCUUGAAGCCAAUUGUGUGAAGCUCUACUUAUCUAAGAAUGCAUAUUAUAUAUUGUAAUAAUAGGCAUAUCUGCUUUGUAACAGAUUGGAAAAAUUGUAAUAUUCUACCUUCGUGUUAAUUUGAUUAAUUUCACAUGUUC